UAUAUGUAUAUCUACCUCAUUUUACUCCGUUUCGAUUCGGUUAAAAACGACAAACCUAUUGUGUCUGUACCUGUCAUCUGUCAUUUGUGUUUUCUCUUGAAAUAAUCUCGUUGUGUUGUAACUCAUAACUUAUAACGCGUCGAAACUCGGUAGUAGUUUAUGGAAGAAGCGCAACAUUCGUGAAUGCACAUUCGUGAAUUGUUUGUAAAUUUUUACUUAUUCCUUGUACACGCUUAUGCGUAAGUUGACGUUUUUAUUUAAUUCUUACAAAUUCAAAUUUUUUUAUAACUAAAUAAAUAUAUACAAAAAUAAACCAUGCUGGGUUGGAUGCACCUUAUUCGUGAAGAGGCUAAAGAAAUAAAGCAGCAUCUGUCAAUCAAAGGACAGGAUGUCGACGAAACCGUGAUAUGCGAGCUUCUGGAGAGCUUCUUAGAUUCAAACAAUCAUGAAAUAGAUAGGACGCAAUAUAUUAUCAACAUGAUUAUGGGCAAUCAAGAUUUUGAUUUUCAAACAUCUUCAGAUGAAGCAGGACCAUCCAUCAAGACUGAGCAUGAAGGUCACAAUGAUAUCAAGAAAUCUCUUGAACUCGACGUACACAGUUCUCCCACGAAAAGUGCCGAAACAAUCGACGUUUCGGAUUCUGAGGAUGAUAGAGAUUAUUAUUAUGAUUUCAUUACGAAUUAUGAUGAUACUUCGAUUGUCAAUACAAUUGCUACCCGCUCGUCGUCAUGUUCCGUUCUCGACGCUGACUUGGAUCAAAUUCGUGACAAUGUUGAUCAAAGCAUCCCUGAAAUAGAGUUCUUAAAAGAGAAUAAUAAUAACGAUGUGAUUUAUAUGAAGAUUGUGAAGAAUGCUACCUAUGAAAAUGCUAGACUGUCAGAGAGUCCAAAACCAGGUUGUAGUAAAGAUUUGGACAAUAGAUCUCAAAGUCCUGAGGAAUAUUGCUAUCCCUGCGAUGUUGAUGAAUUACAAAUAGAUGCAGAACAGAUAAAUACUCUUUUACCGAAUCUCGAUUAUGAUUUAAUCUAUAAAACACUCCGUAAUAACCAGUUAGCAAAGAAUCGUGUCGAGCUUACAUUGUGGGAUUUGUUACCGGAGGAAAGACCAAGUCCUCAAUUAACAUAUAAACGAAAAUGCAUGCCCUAUGAGAUGCAUUCUGUAAAGAAUAAAAAAAAUUCUGGUAUUUCACAAGAAAAGGAUGUUGCAGAUACAAAUAUGCUUUUAGAAACCAAAGAACAAGCAUGUGCAAGAAAUGAAAUAAUAACUAUAGAUAUUGAAUUAAAAAAUAAAGAAUCCAUGACAUUAGAAAAUGAGACUGAAAAAAUGGAAAUAGAUAUAACAGAGGAUGCAACAGCUACGAAUAACACAGAUAAUGAUAUGAAUAAUCAACAAACUGAUAUGAUACCGGAAGCAAAGUUGAUUUGUUUGGAUACAUCCGCUAAUGAUGUUAAUGUGUGUAAGGAUGUAUAUGAUACAAAGAAAUCAGAUUCAUUAGAAAACAAUUCAAAGAACGAGGAAUUGCAAUCGUCUACGAAUUCAGCAGUACCACAGAAAGAAAUAAAUGACAUUUCUACAACCAAUCUACAAUCAAUCUUACAAUCAAUUGCUAUACCAAAUGUUGCUAUGCCGAAUACUGUUGUGUCGAACACUCCUGCAGUGUCCACCGUUAUACCAAAAACUACUGUGCAAAGCACUAUUGUGCCAAGCACAGCUACACAGAACAUUGUUAUGUCAAGUAUUGCUGUGCCGAACACUGUUGUGCCAAGCAUUAUGCCGAAUACUGCUAUGUCAAACACUAUUGUGCAGAGCACUGCUGUACUAAGCACUAUUAUGCCGAGCAUUGCUAUGCCAAGCACUAUUGUGUCAAGCACUGCUGUGCCAAGUACUGCUGUGCCAAGCACUGCUGUGCCAAGCACUGCUGUGCCAAGCACUGCUGUGCCAAGCACUGCUACGCCGAGAACGUUACAAAUUGCUAUGCCAGGGACAUCAGGACCUGCUACGUCAAGACCUGCUAUGCCUGUAUUAAGACCAGCAAAGUUUACAGUUCUUAGCGCAGGAGCAUCAUCCACAGCACCAUCAUCUAAACAUUCGAUUCCUAUUUUAAAACCAUCAAAGUUAAAACAUGUAGCAGAUAGAUUGCAAAAUUUGAUGAAUGCAAGAGAAACCAAUAAUCACACCACAAUGAAAACUAUGAAUAAUAUGAGAGCUGAAGUAAAUAAAAAAGAAGUGCAUGAAGCAUUACAUUUCGAUAAUACAUUUCGUAGAGAUUUUGUACACGCCUGUUUGAAUUCAUCUGUCAAGUCCGCUCCGCCGAACAAAAUGCUGUCGAAUGUGAAAACAGAAAAAAUGAAAUUUCUCGAAGAACGUGCCGUACCAAUUACCGGAUCGACAAAGCCAUCUUCCGCCCAAUUGUUGAACAAUUUAACAAAACGUAACACGUUGCUUAGUAUACAAUCAGAGGGAGCAACAAAAUAUAAGGAAUAUCUAAAUAUUCAUUUAAGGAAAGAUUCCAACGUCGAAGUAAAAAAUAAUUUAAGACAGAAAGACAAUACGCUUCAGACUUAUAGUACAGAAAUGGAGAAACAGAACUUUAUGUUGGCAGUUGGCAUGGAACCAAAUGCGAAUAAGGUGAAGCAGAUAGGCAUAGCGAAUAAUACUGGCCAACAAGAAAUAGUAUUAAACAAGAAAGCUCUUGAACUGUAUUAUAAAUUAAUACCAAUGUUUCCAGCUGUAGAUACUAUUUACAUUAAACUACUGUGCCAAAACCAUAUAGAAGCAAAUCUAUUACGUGAUGAAUCAGUAUUGUUGCAAAAUUUAGUUGAACAUUUGCUAGAUAAUGGUCAAAAACAUCCAAGUGUCAAGAGGGCAAAAUCAUCAUCAUUGUUGAAUACUUCCAAUACUUACGAUCUGAACGAACAAUAUGCUGAUUUAUUAGGGAUAUUCCCAGAAGCAGAUCCUAUAUAUUUGAGAAAAGUAGCUGAAGAGAUGUAUGAAGAUCCCGAGAAAAUAAAGGAAUUUGUGCAAUCAAAAUUGGAAAAUCCAGAUUUUCCAACAAGAGCGGAAUAUUUGGCUAAAAAAAAGAUUACAGAACAACAAAAACAAUACACUUCAGAUUUCAAAAUACAACAAUUCUUAGAGCUAUUUCCAGAUCCAUUUUCUCAUUUUGAAAAUGCAAACAGGCAGUGCAAGUUUAAUCCACAUGGAGUGGAUUUUUUAAAACAUCAUUUCAAUAAAAUCAGGGUAAACACAUUGUUGAAUACAUACACUGAGAAUUUACAUAAUUUAAGUCUAACUGCUAAGGCUUUAGAAGUGUUGAGCCCUAAUAUGAAAACUAGACGAUCUCAAAACAAAAUGAUGUUAACAGAAGAUAUACCGCUGUUACAAGAAUGUGCUUUUAUACAGCAUAAGUUGGAGAUUAAAAUGUACUUGACUGAAUUGAAAGAUCAAGAGAAAAAGGAGUUUGAGGAACUUAAAGCAAAAAAUGAGUUAAUUGAAUGUCAAUGUUGUUUUGAUAAUGAGUGUAUGCCAUCAAAAUGUUCUACAUGCGAGGAGGGACAUAUUUUUUGCAAUUCGUGUAUCGUAAGAAGUACAGAAUUAAUAUUAGCAAACGGCAAGACGCAUGUUGAUUGUUUAUUAAAUUGCGGCAGUGAGUUUCCAUUGUCUGUACUUCAGCAAGUACUACCGCCAACAAAAUUCAGUAUUCUUCUUUGCAAACGGCAAGAAGCGGAAGUAAUGGCCGCUGGAUUAGAGGGCUUGGUAUCAUGCCCGUUUUGUCAUUUUGCAUCUAUACCGCCACCCGAGGAUAAGGUGUUUAGAUGCCUGAAUCCUAAUUGCAUGAAAGAAUCAUGUCGAUUUUGUAAGGAACUCAACCACAUACCUCUGAAAUGCAACGAAGGGAAAUCAGACGUUGCGCGUUUAUAUUUGGAAGAAAAAAUGACUGAAGCUCUUGUACGGAAAUGUUACAAGUGCAGUCGAACAUUUUUCAAGGAAGAGGGCUGUAACAAAAUGACUUGUCUGUGCGGUGCCCAAAUGUGUUAUAUUUGUGAUAAACCAGUAACUAGUUAUGGUCACUUUCAAGGUCAAGGAGUUCGAAAUUCAACUCUCUGUCCAUUAUGGAGUGAUGAUCGUCGUAUGAAUGCAGAAUCAGUAAUCAAAGUGUGUCAAGAAACUCUCAAACACAUUAAACAAAAAAAUCCUGAAGUCGAUAUAAAUGUCAAUGCUCUUUUACCAAAGCUACCGCCUAAAACAAGAGGCCCUCACGAAGAUGUUGUUUUUGCCAAUACAAUACCGGCACAUGCUGAAAGAAUUGUAAGGCACAAUCCAUGACAACUUUGUAUUAAUGUUAUUUAUGGAAAAGGAAAUAGCUCGUCAACAUAUUUAGUUCUAAAAUUUGGUUUGAUAUAUUCAUAUUCAUUAUUAUUAGAAAGCAUUUUUUUAAAAUAUGCAUCCGAGUGUCAUACAAUUCACAAAUUGAGGAAUUGAAUGCAAUAAGAAUCUCAGUACCUUUAUGCAUUUUUUAUAAAAAAUGGGUUUCAAGUUUACACCUUUAGAAUAAAUUGAAAGAGAAAAGCAAGUGAAGGGAAGGAGCGAGAAUCUUAACUUUUUAAUUGUUCAUAAUAUUCAGAUCUGUGCAAAACGUGAUCUAAUUAACUCUUACAUUGUUAUUGUGCACAAUUCCUCGAUUUAUUUUAUAAGUUAAGAAUAAAAAGUAUUAGGAUAAGCAAUAAGAAAGAAAAUGGAGGAAAACAUUUUAAUUUUAGUGAUUUAAUAUUUGUUAUAUGUAAGAGAGAUUGUAGCAGGAUUUUUUUCAAAUUCAUUCCUGAAAUACAUUUGUUCCUAUUUUGCAGAAACAGAGUUUAUAUUUUAUUACAACCAUUUUUGUCUAUCUUUUAAUUAUAUGUUUGUGUGUGUGUGUGUAGAAGGGGGAAAAGGAUUAUUUAAGUAAAUAUAUAUAGAGCAAUUGUUUCUUGCUUGUCAUUACAAAGUGGAAUUGCUGUUUUUGCUCUUAAUACUUUCUAAACUUUCUUACUCUUUCCCUUUUCUCUUUAUUUGUCCAAAGCAGAAAUUUAUGUGCAGAAAGCGUACAAAUGCAAGUAGAAGAUAGAUAAAAAAUAAUAUAUGCAAUAUUUGUGAUUAUAUAAUACAUGCGUCAAUCAUAGAUAUGUAUGUUUAUACAUUUUAUGAAUAAAUUUUUCUAAAUGAUUGGGAUAUUUUUAAAUAUUGUAUAAUUCUAUAUCGUGCAGAUCAAAAUUGGGAAAGUGUUUAAUGCCCUUUCUAUGGUAAAGUUUUUAGGAUUUUAUAUUUUUUUAAUUGAAUAAAGCAAGUGAAUAUAACAAAGUAAUAAUGAAAAAGCUUGAAGUAAAUUACAAAAAUAACAAUGUAUUUUAUAUAGAAAACCAUUUUAUAGAUUUUAAAUAUAAAGAUAUAAUGUAUAUAUUAAAUUGCUUCAUAUCAUUUUAGUACACAUUUAUAGAAGGUAGUAUCAAAUUAUAACAUAUAUAAUUGGAAUAAAUGAUCUCAUCGACGUAAUUUAAAAUCUAAUUAAUCAAUUUAUGUCAAUAUCAAUAUAACUUAUAUUAAAAUUUAAAAAUUCAGUCCACACUAUCAGUAAAUAAUUUAUGCAUAGCAACAAUUAAUUAUGUUAAAAUUAUUCCAUUUUUGUUUCAAACAUUUUUCGAUAUCAUAACUAGUUUAAAAAGUUAAUAAUUUCGAAAAUAUCGUUAUUAAAAUGAAACAAUUUAUAAUCUUCAUAAAUUUGUUUAUAUUUGACGGGGACUGAAUUUUGUUAUUCUGUGAAAUCCAGGAACCGGAUUGAGAAAUCAAAAAUAUGUAUACAUUACGAGCGAAUAAAACGAUAAUUAAAUAUAUAUAUAAACAAAUUGUCUAAUUAAUAAAAGAUGAAGAAAUUAUCGAUGUUCAAAAUAACUAAAAUAAUUAUUCAAAAUAGUCCUAAAUAAAUGCUAUCAAAUCUUUUUAUCAUAGUACAGAGAAACGCUAGAUAAAAAAAAAAAAUAUGCUGUUGGAAUUGAGCAAAUUGUAGGAAAUUAUAUUGGAAAUUACUCGACACGUUUUUAGAAUUGGUCGAUUAUGCCAUAAAGCAGUUAUUAUAAUAUAUAUUAAAUUUUUUUUUUUUAGAAAAGAGAAACGAGCAAUUAGGAACUAAGAUAGGGAAAUUAAAAUCGCGCGACGUCGAGGGAAGCGACCCGUUCUCGCGGAGCGAGAAUAAUAAUAAGAAUAAUUGAUAUUUAAAUAAUUUUCACUCUACUGUAAAUGAGAAAAUAAAAUAAAGUUGGAAUUUUUA